AUGGAAUCAAAUAUAUUCGUUUUUGAAAAUUAUUCUGGUUCACCUUCUGUUAAAAGAGAAGAAAUUUAUAGAUCCACUCAUUCAUCGCGUUCAUCAUCAUUCUCUUCCACUUCUAGAUCAUUAAUUUCAACGUCCUCAUCUAUAUCUUUAACCACAUCUACUACCUCUUCUUCAUCAACAACAGCAGAAGAGGAUGCAGUGGCAUCACCUAUUUUAAAAAUUCCAAUUGAAAUUUUCAUUGAAAUAUGUGGAAACCUAGAACCAAAUGAAUUGAUAUCACUUAAUCAAGUUUGCAAAAUGUAUAAUAACAUUUUGAAUAAUUUUAAUUCAAAAAUUAUUCAAAAUAUUUGGCGAAAAUCAAGAAUUUCAACUUUUCCUUGUCGUCAAGCACCACCACCUCGCGGAAUAAAUGAAAAACAAUAUAUUCUCUUCUUAAUGAUUAAACGUUGUAAUUUUUGUAAAAUUAACAAGAAAUCUAUUAUAACUUCAUGGGAUUUCUUGGUAAAGUCUUGCAAAAGAUGCAUACCUGAAUUUAGAGAAUAUGCGAAUUUAAAUUGUGAAAAAAUACCAUAUGCAGUUCGUGAAGGAUCGAUUAGUAGAUGGCAGAGUUUAUCAUUCUCAGCAUUUGGGGAACCUAGAUCGUGGUUUCAAAGUUUACUCAAGGAAUCGUUUAAAUAUAUGGAAAUUUCUAGUGAAGAGGAACGUGAGAAAUGGGUAAAUGAGGAAUUAGAUAAUGUCACGAGAUAUACCAAUGAAAUAAAAGCAUUUCAUGAAGAAGAUGAAAGGGAAAAACUUUACAUCGAACACACCAAAUUGGUACAAACUCAAGAUCGUACAAAUGCAGUAAUUGGAAGAGUCAAAGAAAUGUCUGAAGAGUUGGAUGAAGAAGGAAAUCCAAAAUAUGAAGAGGAGAGACUUCGAAGUUGUGUAUCAUUUAGAAAUGCAUUGAAGUAUAAAAGACCAUUUACAGAAAGAGCUUGGAAUCGCCUAAAGAAAAAGUUGAUUAAAGAAUAUGGACAAGAUGACGAGAAGGUUGAAAUACUAUGGGUGAAGGAUUUGUUAGAUAGCGGUGAUGCGUUUGAUAAUAAAAUGUCCGUUAGAAAUACUAAAAGUGCCAGACAACAAUUUAGAUUAAUUGAUUUUAGGAUGGGAAACGAAAUGAUUAUUAUAGACGACAAUGACAAUGGUGACACAGAUGAUGGUGAUUAUGAAAUUUUUAAUUCUCAUAAUGGUGGUGAUAAUGAAAUUUUUAUUGUUUCUGAUGAAGAUGAUGUCGGUGGUGAAGACGAAUCUAUUAUUGAUAUAUAA